UUCGGUGGCGGGGAAGGGAGACCACAGAGCGCUAGGGUGUGGAGGUGGCGUCCGUACACUGCCCUCAGCAUGCAGCGGUUGCUCUUGCCGCCCUUGAAGGCCUUGACAGGGAGCCCAUGUCUUCGGUUCCUGGUUCUUAGGGCGGCGCCUGGAGCACAGUGUGGUUGCAGCUGGGGGAUCAGGCGCCCUUUGAGGCCAGGCCAAUACAGCAGCAUCUCUGAAGUAGCUUUGCAGUCUGGGAAGGGUAAGGUGUCCCUUCCAUCAAAGGCUGCUGAGCGGGUGGUGGGCCGAUGGCUUCUGAUCUGCAGUGGAACAGUGGCUGGAGCAGUUAUUCUUGGUGGAGUCACUAGGUUGACAGAGUCUGGCCUCUCGAUGGUAGAUUGGCAUUUAAUAAAGGAGAUGAAGCCUCCUACAAGCCAAGAGGAAUGGGAAGCAGAAUUCCAAAAAUACCAGCAAUUUCCAGAAUUUAAAAUCUUGAAUCAUGAUAUGACAUUGGCAGAAUUCAAGUUCAUCUGGUACAUGGAAUACUCACACCGAAUGUGGGGGCGCCUUGUAGGCCUGGCGUACAUCUUGCCUGCUGCUUACUUUUGGAGAAAGGGCUGGCUCAGCCGUGGCAUGAAAGGACGUGUUCUUGCUCUCUGUGGCUUAGUCUGCUUCCAGGGUCUGUUGGGAUGGUAUAUGGUGAAAAGCGGAUUGGAAGAAAAACCAGACUCUUAUGACAUCCCUCGAGUCAGUCAGUACCGCCUGGCUGCACACCUGGGAUCAGCCCUUGUUCUUUAUUGCGCCAGCUUGUGGACCUCGCUCUCACUGCUGCUCCCUCAGCACAAGUUGCCUGAAACUCGUCAGCUCUUACGGUUGAGACGAUUUGCUCACGGAACAGCAGGCUUAGUGUUCCUUACAGCGCUCUCAGGAGCUUUUGUAGCAGGGCUGGAUGCUGGACUUGUUUACAACUCCUUUCCCAAAAUGGGAGAGUCCUGGAUCCCAGAGGAUGUCUUUACCUUCUCCCCCAUCCUGAGGAAUGUUUUUGAGAAUCCCACCAUGGUGCAGUUUGAUCACCGUGUUCUGGGCAUCAGUUCCGUCACUGCCAUUACAGUGCUUUACUUCCUUUCCCGGAGAAUUCCCCUUCCUCGGAGGACCAGGAUGGCAGCAGUGACUCUGCUGGCUUUGGCAUAUACACAGGGUUCUGUAUUGUUCAACAUUUUUUUCUUAAUAUUCAACUUUUUUGAAGGCAUCAUAAACAUUAGAUUUGAGGAUGGAGCAAAUGAACAUUGCUAACAUAAUAGAUGGCAGUCACAACUCAAAACAGUCCCAGAGUGACACCAUCAAGAUGAAGUUAAAUAGAUUAUAAAGUUCUCAUUUAAAUUAAAUAGGUUAUAUAAGUUUGGGGUGGAGAAUCCUGGCUUUAUAGCAUUUCAUGUAAAGAUGACUUGGGGAUUUCAGUUGGUCACAGGCUCAACAUGAACCAACAAAGUGAUGAUACUGAUAAAAAUUAGUGGUGUUUCAGAUUUUAUCAGUAGGAGUGUCACAACCAUAUCACACCUGGUAUAGAAUACCUUCCAGGUAUUGUAUUUCACUCUGGAUACCAAAUUUAAAGGAGGACAUUGACCACUAAAUGUAUAUGCAGAGGAGAGACCAGGAUGGUGAGGAGUCCAGAACCCAUAUCCCACAGGGAAUGGUGGAAGGAACUGGGGUAAUUAGCUGGAGAACAAAAAACGUUAGGGAGAGAGCAAGAUUCCUGUCUGAGAAAUUAAGGCCUUAAUGCAGACAGAGAAUGAGCUUUUCUUUGCUGCAAAGCUGGGAGUAAUGAGUGAACAUUGCAGCAAAGUAGUUUUUAGUCCUAUAGAAGGCAACAGUAGGUUGGACCAGAUCAGCUGUCCACUGGGGUCAGGCUGAUGGAGACAGUGGUGAACUGGAGAGCAGGUGCCCCAGUUAGGCAGCUAAGCCACUGUGAGCUCUGGCCUGUUGCUGCUCUGGAGGCCCAGGGUUGCCAGAGUUGCUAGUUUUUAAAGAAAGCAAACAUGUUUAUGUGAAAGCUGUGAAUUUAAGUGUUGGCAACUAUUUUUUUAAGUGUUAAUGCAGGCCAAAGAACUCAUCUGGCGGCCAUAAAUGACCCAAGGUUUGCUCAUUUGCAGUCCCUGGACUAGAUGAUCUCAGUCCCCUUUCUAUCCUAGUAUUCUGUGAGUUUCAGUGAGUCCUGUAGUGUGUGUCUGAGGGAACCAUUCUCAGGUGGGUCUUAGCAAACCAAUAGACAGUUUGUCUUUGAUUUUUCAAGGAUCUCAGACCCUGGUGGGUUCAUACUACUGCCUAGCGUUUUAGAGUUGUCAUAUUGAGUCACUAUUUGAAAACCUGCUCUCCCUAGAGUGGUUCCCAGCUUCUCUCACAUUAGACAGAAUCUUUUAAAAAUUCCAAAGCCCAAGCUUCACCCCAAAUAAAUUACAAUAUCUGGGAACAGGAACCGGCAUAAUGAAAGUUCCCCAGGUGAUUCUGAUGUGCAGACAAGUUUGGUAACCUCUGGCCUAAUAGCCAAGGAGCCCUGAUGGCACAGUGGUUAAGUGCUCGGCUGCUAACCAAAAGGUCAACAGUUUGAAACCCACCAGCUGCUUCUCAGGAGAGAGA